AUGCACAAGAUUCAAAACAAGCAAAAAGGCGCCGAAAUGAAAAAGUAUUUGAAGGAUCACUUUUCUUGUCUGGGAAUUCAACGGCCAGCACGGAAUACGAUUCAAAAGCCCUGGUUGGCGGUCAUCAAGGCGGAUUUUCAAGUCGAUCCUUGGGAUUUGGCAUGGGAGCUUUGGGAACAAGAACAUCGAGAGUUCCAACACGUUGCGAUUGAUUAUAUGAAAACAUUUCCCAAAAAGAGCUACAAAAAAGACGACCACAUCAAGAUUGAGCGAUUUAUAACGUCCAAAUCGUGGUGGGAUACCGUUGAUUUUCUGGCUAGUCAUGUGGCUGGAAAUUAUUUUCAAAACUGUCCAGAGAUGAUCGAAUCAGUCAUUACAAAAUGGCGCCAUAGUGACGAUAUGUGGCUAAACAGGACGAGCCUACUGUUUCAAUUGAGGUACAAGGAAACGACGGAUUUCGAAUUACUCAAAGGGCUCGUUCUUCAGUACCUGGAAGUAAAAGAGUUCUUCAUUCAAAAGGCGAUUGGAUGGAGUCUAAGGCAGUAUUCUCGAACCAAUCCAGAUGCUGUGAGAGACUUUAUAGCAGAUCUUGAAUUAUCAACUGUCGCCAGACGCGAGGCCAUCAAGUAUAUAUGA